UUAAUUCUUUGGUUGUAGACAUUGAAAUCAAAACUUCCUGUAUUUGUGGAUAAAAUGAUGUUUGGUCCAAAUGCGAAUAGCCGAGUUGGCGCGACAAGUAACGAAAGCCUGUUUCACUUGCUAAAACGACCAUGGGACCCUUUCGUUAGCAGUCUUGUACAAACUAGGCCUCGAAAAUUACCCGGAAAUCCGAUUGUUGUCAUCGUACCUUCGUCUCCCAGUAUUUCUAAUCCUAAUCAGCUUAAAAGGCAACAUAAAUGGAUCACAUUGUUGUCAAAUUUAUGUACAGUCGUCGCAGUUCACACCAACAUGGGGAGUUCAGCAAAUCGUUUAACAAUGAUUAAUUGUGCUGACCAAAUGCUGGCCGCAACAAGGGCUAAAAUUCAAGAAGUCAAAGCCGAUUAUCCCGGCAGACCGAUUAUACUGAUCGGUUUCAAUGUUGGCUCAGCUUUGGCCUUACAGGUAGCUCAGGUUGAACAUGUGCUCUGUGUGGUGUGUUUAGGUUUCUCAUUACUAACUGCGGAAGGAAAACGCGGCGAACCAGAUGAUAGCUUAUUGGAGUUACAAUGUCCAGUUCUUUUUGUGAUUGGACAAUGUUCCAAUACUGCUUCGCAACAGGAUAUAGAAGAUUUAAGAGAACGGAUGCGGGUUGAAAAUGGAUUAAUUGUAGUAGGUUUUGCAGAUGAUUAUUUGAGAGUGAAUAAAAAGAAGAAAAGAGCUGAAGGAAUUACACAAGCUGGAAUUGACCGAAGUGUGGUGGACCACAUUGGGGAAGUUAUCAGUAGUUUGUUACUUUCUCCAUUCCCUCCCCAAUUAAGGCAAUCACCUCAUGGCUCUUCAGAAGUCCCACUAUCCAAACGACCUAAGAUAGAACGGAGACGUAAUAAUUCUAAUGGGAGCUCAAUAGAUAGUGAACCACCAUCCCCCACACCCAAAAUAAGUAGACCAGUGGGUAGACCACCAGGAUCAAAAGGAAAAGCGAAGCUUCAGGCAAAGUGGGCAGCUCAGGUUAAUCAAGGUAUUUCCGUUUCUUCUCCCGACACCUCCACUCCUUCACUUUCCUCCUCAUUAUCACACUCUGAUACUAAUUCCAAUAAAAUUACCAAAAACAACGAUGUUCAACCUUCCACUACAGUCAACAAUUCGGCUGAUUCCCAUAAUAAUAUAGUGACUUCUACAGCAAAAAUGCGAAUGCGAGCAAUGGGUUUGAAUCGAUCAGUUCUGACUUCAGGUACUCUUGCACACCUGCUUCAAAAUGGCGGGAAGGGGAAUAUGACCGCACCUCAGCCAACCCAAACAACAAGCUCAUCAAUAAAGGUUUUAGAAAAUGUGACCUUAACCACCAAUGCCACUGCAAAAUUAAUUGCUGGUACUAAUAGAUCAUUUUCGAGUAACUCAAAGUCGUCACCCGUCAUGAUAAUGCCAGAUGGAAAAUUGAAGUCCUUUGGAAAUUCGGUGAGAGGUACAGGAAGCACGCCCAUCGUUCUUCCCAUGACGAAUAAAAAAUUACUGACGCAUACCACUCAUCCUGGUCAUCGCCUUACAAAAUAUAUAACUUCCAAGAAACAGCUUUCAGAUCAAAGACCACCCGUUUCAGGCGUAAAAUCAAAUGUGAUAUCAUCAUUUUCUACAAAUUUACCACCACCCACCAACUUAACUUCACAAGAUAUUAUGGAUCUACCGAUUAUUUUUGCAGACGAUAACCAAAUGUUAACCGAUAAUUCAAAAUUACAUACCUCAGAUGUUUCAGUAUCAGAAAUAGUGCAUCCACAUGCAAUACAAAAGAACAUCGUCUCCAAUCCAGUAGGCAAGUUCGUGUUUAUAAAUAAGCAGAUACCGAUAACGUCCACAGUAUUACCGACACAUAUUGUACAGCCCACGACAACAUUAAAAAGACCAACAUUAACUGUACCUCUUCGAACUAUGAAUCCUCUAAAAUACGCUAAAAUUGUACUAUCAAAUCCUGUAUCGCGGAGUUCUGUAGUGGAACCAAAACUAUUGCCUCCACCACAAGUUCCAGUAGAACCAAAAACAACGCCACAAGAUGCUGAAGUAGUGCCAUCUCCAGUCAACAUAUUAACAACAAUUAGCACUUUACCUGAUAUUUCUGUUUCAAAGGUGGAAGCAAAUCCACCUACAACAAGUGCUACAUUGGUUGAUGUAGAAAAUGCUAUAAUAUCGACGGCAAUUAAGAAACCUGACUACCAAAUAACACAAAUAAAAGAUAAACCUGAACCAAGCAGCGAAGUUUCGACACCCGCACCAAGUACUGCGUGUGUAGAAGCGAGUGCUUCCGAAGAGGCCCCGGGUGGCACACCUCAAUGUGAUACAAUUGAACUGGAUUAGUUACUGGUUCAUAUAGUUUAUUAAAUGAAUAU